CUUGACAGGAGGGCGCUGCUGGUGAAUAGAAACGGGUGAAAUGAGGAUUAUUGAGUAAUCUCCACACUGAGAACGUUCUAUUAUGGAUUUUUUCAAGUUUAUUUUGUUUUAUUAUUUGAUUUGUGUAUCUCAUAUUAAUCGAAUAAUUAAAUUGAUGAAAACGGAGAAUCCAGAACGUACCGAGCAAUUCCAACAGACUUGCUGUCAAAUCAGUCUAACUAAUGUCAAAUUGACAAAUUCAGACAUUUGUCAAGAUAGAGUAGAUUUUCGGGUUUCCGAAUUUAAAUAAAUUUAUUUUCUAUUUAAAACAGAUCAUUAGAGAUUUGAACCAUGUCCAUUUCGCCGUUUAUUCGUACACCAUUUACGGACAUUACGGGAUGUAUGAGUUCCCACCAAAUGUUGGGUAAAUGCCAAAAGGAGGAAAUUCGCUAUAUGGAUUGCUUAGAGGCUUACGGCCUGGACCGCGGCCGUGUGAAAUGCGCCCCUCUUUUUGAUAACUACCACGAGUGCCAGACGAUGACCAAACAGUUCAAGAGAUUUAUUGCAAUGCGAAGUGAAAGGGACAGACAGAUAGCCGAAGGAAAACUUAAAGGAGACGAGAAAUAUCUCAGCCCCAGAGUGGAUAGCUUCUAAAAAUGAAUAUUUAAGAGAAAUAAUUGUUAUUAGUUACUGGAAAAGUACCUUUAUUAAAAUAUACUGCCUAGGAGGUCUAUUUCUAUUUGUACUUAUAUCUUUUUUUCAACAUAGUAGGAAAGAAAAAAAAUCUUUUACCUGUCACUCAAAAUUUGACAAUUGACUUUACAACAGGAUUGUUACUUGUAAAACUAAUUUGCAGAUAUUUUACAAAACACAAACUAAUAUGCAGGGUAUUUCACCAUUUCUUCGGUCACCAUUCACUGAUAUAACUGGGUGCAUCACAUCACACCAAAUGUUAGGCAGGUGCCAAAAGCAGGAGAUGCAAAUGAUGGACUGUAUGGAGGCAUAUGGGUUGGAACGUGGUAUGAAAAAAUGUGGGGACUUCAUUGAAGAUUUUAGAGAGUGUCACAAUUUGAGAAAACAAUAUUCGAGAUUUCUUGCAAUGCGCAAAGAACGCGACCGUCAGAUCGCAGCUGGAAUAUUGAAAGAUGACAAAAAGUAUGUUUCUCCAAGAAUUGACAGUUACUAACAACAAUGAAAAAUAAAUGAGUGCUUACCAUG